CUCUGUGCUGGACCCAUCCCUGGGAGCAGCAAUGAAGACGGAGCCAGGACUGGCCCCCAGGACCCCUACCACCACCCCUGGCCCUACCAGCCGCCCACCCUGGGCAGUGGACCCCUCAUUCGCUGAGCGCUACGCCCCGGACAAGACGAGCACGGUGGUGAGCAAGCACAGUCAGCCGGCCACGCCGACCCCCAUGCAGAACCGCAGCUCCAUCGUGCAGGCGGCGCAGCAGGCCCCCGAAGGGCCUGGGCGCACGCCCCUCUGCUACAAGUGCAACAAGGUCAUCAGGGGACGCUACCUGGUGGCACUGGGGCAUUAUUACCACCCCGAGGAGUUCAUCUGCUGCCAGUGCAGGAAGGUGCUGGAUGAGGGUGGUUUCUUCGAGGAGAAAGGCUCCAUCUUCUGCCCCAAGUGCUACGACACGCGCUAUGCACCCAGCUGCGCCAAGUGCAAGAAAAAGAUCACCGGGGAGGUCAUGCAUGCACUGAAGAUGACCUGGCACGUGCAGUGCUUCACCUGUGCUGCCUGCAAAACUCCCAUCCGCAACCGUGCCUUCUACAUGGAGGAGGGACAGCCCUACUGCGAGAGAGACUACGAGAAGAUGUUUGGCACCAAGUGCCGCGGCUGCGACUUCAAGAUCGAUGCUGGGGACCGGUUCCUGGAGGCGCUGGGGUUCAGCUGGCACGACACUUGCUUCGUCUGUGCGAUCUGCCAGACCAACCUGGAAGGGAAGACGUUCUACUCCAAGAAGGACAAGCCGCUCUGCAAGAGCCACGCUUUCUCCCAUGUGUGAGGGGCGGGAGUUCAGCUGUGCCCACGCAUGCCCCUGGCCCUGCAUGCUCCUCUCCCCUCCACCCCUGCUACCCCCAGGGAGCCAGGCUGGGCCCUCACCCCUUUCCUUUGCUCCUGCCUAUUUCCUGGCAGCUCUUGGCCCGGCUCCAACCUGAGGUGGUGCUGGGCUCAGAGCCCCUUAUAGCUGGGCAGCUUCUUCCAUGCCCCCCAGCUGGCCCUAGGAGCCCUGGGAAGGGGACACUGCUUGAGUCUCCUGUCCCCAAGCUAUGCAGCGUGGUGGCUGUGGCUGUGCCGAGGCUGGUAUCAGGGAGGAUCUGGCACAGCAGGGCUGCUCCCUCGCUCAGCUGGGGCCCGGCUGCCUGGCAGCUCAGUGCUGGGGCAGGGAUGCUCCUUGCACAUCCC